CAGCUGUGAAUAGACCGUGUGAAUUGGAUGUGAUUGCGUGUGAUACUACACUAUUUUCUUGACAGCGGACAUGUUUCUUUGUGUUACUGGGAUAAUCCAAAAAGUAAAGCUGCAUUGUAUCAGCUGACAAUCAACCAUGUAAGCUCCAUCCUCCACACCGGACAAACAACAGAUUGAAAUUCAGGAUCAUCUAAGACCUGGGAUGGUGCUGUGGUGGCGCUGUGUAUGUUGUGGAGCAUCAUAAUCGUACGGAUGCUGCACUGAAGGAAGGAAAGAACUCAUGCAGUGGUGUGUUAGUCAGACACAAAGUUUAAUUUCGGCCUCACGAGUCCCCCAUACCCUGGUAUCAGUGACUGUCUGUGUCAGCAUCUCCAGGUUCUGUUCCCCGCAGUUUGUGCAACAACCAUCUCUCAUCCGAUGAUGAUGAUAACACGAGUGUGCUUCCUUGCAGCCGGCCUGCCAUGUGGACAGUAAGAUAAACUUGUGUUGCUACAGUGUCAGGCGCUAAAGGAAAAAACACUUAUACACACAUCCUUUUAUUUUUAGCAGUCUGGACGUCCCUCACUUCUAUAAACCAACUGACUUCGCCUUCUAAACUAAACAUUUCUUUGCCGAGCUGUGUGGAGGGACGCCUUGGACUAGAGGUGGCUUGACAUUGUGACACAUGGACAUUUUAUUUUAUUUUCCUAUUCUGCAUAACUUGAAAUGGAUCAUCGUACCAGCCUCGUUCUUGUGUGCGGAAUUUGUCAAGUUUUCGGAGUUAGAAUUAUUGGUUGUAUCAACGACAAGAUAGAAAUAUUGGAAGACUCGCCUUCUCCAGUCACGUGUGAAGACAUCGAUGACAUAAGCGAUGCUGUGUGGCGACAAGGAGAAGGGUUGAUAGUAGGAGUGUGUUCUGCUGAUGGCAUCUGCAGUAAUAACGUCCCCAACGACUUCAGACUCAGCAGGUCACCGAUGUCCACGAAGAGUCAGCUGACCCUUGUCCCUGGCUACCGACGUCACGCGGGUGUCACGGUCACGUGUCAGGACCAAGAGCUUUACUCCUUCACCACCUGUACUAUCGUUAUCAUACCAUCAGUGAGGUUACCAGCGACAGACUCGUCAUCAUCGGUGAAGCCAGAGACAGGCUCCAUGUCAGUAGCCACACUUACAGGAGCAAUCAUCGGGUCCAUUGCCAUCGUUGCUGUCAUCGUUGCUGUCAUCGUGUUGCUUAUCGUGCGACGAAGACGACGAUUACACCGUACAUCGUCCGAAGGAUCACUACCUUCAGAUGACUCUACCACAGGUCCGUCACACCGAGGGUUGCCAACCAUCCCGCCAGCCAUCCCGCCUUUCUAUCUAGACAACAAACAAACAGACACGAGCUCACACCCCACAGGCUCAGUCUACGAGGAACCAAUCCCUUUAGCCAACCACAGUCCAGGACUGACAGAGACACCAGUCCCACCAAAGCAGGAGGAUGACGUGUACAUCGAGCUGGACAUCGCUUACAGCGCCACCACUUGAUGCCACACCUUACACGUCCUCGUGAAGACCAAUAUGAGAACUCUUACAAUUAAUUAUUUCAAUGUGUUGCUUAGCUUCCAUCAUGUUACACUGUGUAUUCUACUUUAGUAUGAUCUUAUUUAGACUAGCUAUUAAUAUUAUUAAUUGCUAAUGUCUUCAUCUACAGAAGCCAGCUGACUAUUGGAAACUGCGAUCAUUUAAAAUUUUCUAUUGUGAUCAAAAGCAUGUAAUAAACAAAAAUCGAAUUUUUUAUACUUCUAAGGGGAGGGAAACCAAGUUUAUCAAAAUGACUCUGGUACUUAUGAGAAUGCGUUUCACCUCCACAAUGUCUCUUGACCAUUUUUAUGCUAUUUUACUUUUUAUUUAUAUUAUAUUGAUAUUUAUACAUAAAAGCCAAUAAUUUUAUAUUGAAUUCUGAAAGAUUUACAUGCUUCAAUAUAAAAAAUUACUACUGUUAUAUAUAUUUUUGUCAGGUGCAUGUGUCAUCUGUUAUAUAUGAACUGUUGUAAAUGAAUUUUCCCUGAUGAAUAUUACGGUGUUUUUUCAUCCAGAAAGAAGACAUAUCCAUCGUAAGUUUUAAAUCUGUAGAGGGAAACAAUUCGUGUUGCCCUUUUGUUGAAUAGUAAAAUAAUAAUAAUAUAUCUGUGGCGGUUUCCAACCAACAGCAGCAAGCUUUAACAAACGAUUGGAUGAUUGUUGUCUAAGACAUUGGUAGUAACCCCAGAUGGUAAUAACAGAUGGCGCUGUAGGUCUUUUGUCAUAUUUUGCAAAGUUUCAACGUUUCUGUAUCAAUAUUACUUCCUGUUCUGUAGGGUCAGCAGUACUACGGAUUGUUCUAAAACAUUCUGUUCAGGGGAAAGGAUGUUGAUGAGGUCACAGAAUGACGACUAUGUGUAAGCCAUAUAUUACAUUGUUAGUUUAUGAUAUGGAUUCCAGAAAUAUGUGAAUUUGAGAGUUCAUGUGAUUUAGUCAUUUUUACCAUGGAAAUUAUUCUUUAAAAAUGAUAAUUUAUAAAGCGUCCUAUCUAUACAAUUUCCUAGUUUAAGAAAACGAACCGAACGAGAAGAAUAUACAGAUAAAUGUAAGACCAAAGGUUUAUCUCAGGUUUAAAGGAAAUCGUCCCUGCCUCUUAGAAACAAGCGACCACGCCCUCUUCCUGUCUUGCUACCCUUGGGUUAGAAAUUUUACUCCUGAUGAUGUUAGUGGCCCCUAGAUAAUUCAAAUGAGGGAACAGGAAGAAACGAUUGCAGUUGUUUUCUUAUAUGAUACCAAUAUUAUCUCCUUAAGUUUCACAGGAUACUGUAGUAUUGUUUACUAUGCACACAAGAUACAAACUACCUUCCAACCAACACUAAACUUUUAUAUCUACCUGUCCUUCCCCACUAAGCCCCGACCCUACAUCGUCUAAUAUGUAUAAAAAAAUAAAUAGCUAGGAUACAAUAGAAAUGGUUAGUAUGAUAAACAUAAUUACAGCCAUUUGAAUGCUUAACCUAGUUACAUUACAAAACUAUACUGUGAUUUCUAUUAUAUAUGUAAAUUUACAUACAAACUUAUAUCAGACAGUAAAGGGAAGUUUUCACAAAAGUUAACUUCAUUUUCGACAAUAUGAUCUACUAUUAGAUAUUAUUUUCUAUUAUUAUUAAUACAUCAGAUUAUUAGAAACUGACUUUUAUUUUGUAAGGAUAC